GGCCCCUUCUUGGGACGAUUUCAGAACAGUAGUUCUGACGUCGUGAUUCUCCUGCGAUCUUGGCUAGAGAAAAGGCAGAGGACUGUAUUCACCGACGGGUAAAAUGUAAAAUCGUCAUGAUGUUCGAGAACCAUCGCGGACCUUCCUGCAGGGAGGAGCAUAUUCGGCACCUAAUUGUCCAUCGUUCGCAGUCGGAUGCGAGAAAUAAUAGCUCCGGUCGUUGGACAGGGGGCGGCUAAUAACGGUCGGCGAGCACUUUUGCAACAUGAUACGAUGGGCCCAUCCGAUUGGUCCGCAGGGCAAAACAGGUGUCACUGGGUCUGGCUUGGAGCACUCAGAGCUGGCCACGUGGACGACCUUUUUUCGUAAACUAUUGGAGGCCAUUCACAGACCGUGUCGGGAAUACCUCCGAGAACUUAGUGCUCUCGUUCUUCAGGGGAUGGUCUAGGGUUAGGGCGCUCACUAGAGCUUUCAGUCUCUCUGAUCCGUGGAGUGUGUGUUGAACACAAAAUUCGACAGAUUUUCUGUCGGAUUUUGGUUGAGCAAAAGGAUAUAUUUGAGAAUUUUCUGUCAUCCGUCGGAUAUGAAGGCUUCGCAUGUGCAGCGUUUAGCUACGCGAAUUUUGGAAUUCAGGGGGAGCAUUUCGACACUGAAUUGUGGAUUUAGGGCUGUGGAGAAGAGCGGUACUGCAGUUUGGUACGAUGUGGCAGAAUCGUCAAAGUAUGGCUCUCCGAUGUGGAAUCGCUGCUUCUCUUCGCUUUUGGGAAGGCGAGCGGGCGUUGCCUUGGGCUCCAGGGGAAUCGGCUGCACUGUGAAGUCAAUUCUCGAGGUUCCGUCCUCUGUUCAGCCCUUUUCUAGAGUUCACAUACGUGGAUUAGCAAGUGGCUUUAGGAGCAGCAAUGGAACCCUUGUGGAUCUCGGAACAAGAGCAAGGCAGCAACAAGCGCGACGAUUAUGGACUAUCGCACUCACGGGAUCUUUGGUGGCAGGGUUCAUUAUAAUUGUCCUCAACACCUUCCAAGAGAACAUGAUGUUUUACAUCACUCCUUCGCAGGCGUUGGAAAAGUAUUAUAUUGAUCCGUCUAAGAAUAAGUUUCGCCUGGGUGGCUUGGUGCUAGAAGGAAGUGUGCACCAUUUUAAGAGCUCUGCUGAUAUGGAGUUCGUCGUCACAGAUUUAGCGAAUGAGGUGCUUGUCCGAUAUCGUGGCGCACUGCCAGAUUUGUUUCGUGAAGGACAUUCUGUCGUGGCUGAGGGAUUCUUACGACCCAUCGAUAAUUAUCCAGGCAGGCCCGAUGCAUCAAACGAAGUGAAUGAAGAUCUUGUUGAGAGGGCGAAAAAAGCCGGUUGCUAUUUCGCAGCUGUCGACGUGUUAGCAAAGCAUGAUGAGAAAUACAUGCCGAAAGAAGUAGCUGCUGCCAUCGAGAAAAAUAAGGCUGCUCAAGAUGUUUUGCUACCUUCGCCAAUCUUAGCCACAACUGCAGAGAAUGCAUCUCCUAUCCAGCCUGUCAUCGAAACACCUCCAACAGCUGGGUCGAAGAAAAAGGGCGUGGCCCAAACACCUAGCAAAGCCCGGCAAUAUGAGAUUCGACUCUGAGUUAUACCUGAUUUUUACUGGUGAAGAACUGGAUGGACGAUCCUAUAAGGUCAUCUCCCAAUUGGUACCUUGGAUGGCGCGUCAGUAUGAUGCGUAUUGGAUGUUUGGAGUGACACGGACUUGGAUCAUAUUUUUGCUUAUUUAGAGAAAUUGAGUCAUAGAUAUUUUAUAAUAAUUUGACUGCAGAUUCCUGUAGUAUCAACAGAAGGGGUUAAGAUGAGUUAACCCUUGAAGAUUCAAUUGAAUCUGAAACCGGAUUUGGGUGUACAAAUAAGAAGUGUUCCACCAAAUGCCUUCAAUUAUAUCUGCUUUCUUGAUCCAAUCAAGUAAGUCGUAAUUUUUUUGUACCCAGAUGAACUCAAAGUUGGGGGAUGAGUUCCUUGUGCACGAGUCCCGAAGCCCUUUGAUAAGAUCUCGCGUUAACUUUGUUUGUCACUUGUCUUGUCUGAAUCAAUAACUUAGCAGGCAGGGCAGGGGCUGUAUGAUGUUGAGUAGCCUAUCACCGAAUCAGUUACGAAUGAGUAAACUUCAUGGGUAAACUUAUUUUUCACAUUCUGACUGCAUUUUGUUUGAGCAAGAUGAAAAAGGAAGUGCUUGCGAGUUUUGGAAAAUAGAACCCGCCGAAUGAAGAUCUGUAAUCACUA